AGCUGAUGCUGUGUGUGGUGUCGGGGGGGAGGGACUCUGUUAAUUAGAGAAGUGACAAGUUCCUUAUUUAUCAGUGAAGAAAGAGCAGAAUCAGCUUCAACCAUCAGAGCCUCGACAUGAACGUCUGCUACACUUUGAUCUGCUGCUUCUUCCUGUAUGACGUCAGCGCAGAGAUCCUCACCUACUCAGCUAAUGAAGGAGAAACCAUCAGAGUCAAAUAUUCCUUCCGUUCAUAUGGAAGCAGGAAGUUCUGUCGGGGACGAUGUGAAGCAGGAGAUGUUCUCAUUGAAACAGAAGAAAAUGAAGCGAGGAACGGACGAUACAGCAUCAAAUAUGAGAAACCAGGUGACGCUGAAGGAGAUCUGACAGUGACCAUGACAAAUGUGAGCAAGUCUGACUCUGGAAUGUACCACUUUGGCCUCGGCAGUGAUUCUUCUUUGUAUCGGGAGUUUAAAAUCCUCAUCCAUGAUGCUCAGCUGGACGGAAGCUCUGGAGAAAAACAGCUCUAUAAGAGAAGUGGAGGAGACGUCACUGUUCGAUGUUUCUUCACUAACCCCAAAGGAAGUAAAUUCUUCUGCAGAGAAGAAUGUGGAGAGACAAAGAAUGUUCUCGUCCAAACAAGUGGUGACGAAGAUCAAAGCGGCAGAUACAGCAUUGAGUAUUUCACAGAACAUGGAGGACAAGGAGGAUUUCUGUUGGUGACCAUCACCAAGCUCAUCAGCUCCGACUCAGGACGCUACAGAUGUUCUGUGGGUCGAUCACACAGAGACUUUGAAGUCAUUGUCACAGAUGACUCCACAACAACAUCUCCCAGUUCCAGCUCCAGUUUCACACGUUCAUCAGCUUCACCUGAAACCAUCAACCAGUCUGAGGACCAGACACCUGAGACCACCAACCAGUCUGAGGACCAGACACCUGAGACCACAGGAGCUGAUACGUUCUCCACCAAGAACUUGAUUCUGACUGUGGGACUGACGCUGGUCGUACUGGUCGUCCUGUUAUCAGGGGCCGCACUGAUAUUCUGCAGAAACAGGACUAACAGACCCAGAGAACCUCCGGUGGAGACGGAUCCUGCUUCUGUCCCUGAGCCCGACCCCGUGUACGAGGACAUCAGAGACGAGGGCCGACCUCCUGCUGCUGUGGAAAUCUCUCCAGAUUAUUCUUACAUCAAGUACAACACAACACAACUAGUCACAGCCGGUGAUGACGACAACUUUGUCACUGCUGCUACUUCUCAGCACAAUGCCGACAACAGCUCAGCGUCACUCACCUACGCUCAGGUGAAUAUUUCAAACAGGGCCCGAGGCUCUUCCAACAGCGCCCCCCCUGGUGAGGAGGAGGUCGUCUACUCUGUCCUUCAGAAGAAGAUCUGACUCUGUUCACUUCAGCUUCUCCUCUCUCAUUGGUCGACAGGAUGAUGCUGAGGAUAAUCUGAAGCACCUGAAGACAAAAGUCUGUUUGUGUGAACGGGACUUUUUUCUUAUUUUAGCUUAAUAUUAUUUAAGUGUUUAUCUAGUCUCCUCCCACAACACGUGUAGCUUGAUGGACUGAAGGUCUGAUUGUGAGUGUGGAUUAUUGUUUUUUCUCUGAAACUAGAAAUAGAAAAUCACCAGAACCGUCUGCAUGGGUACAUGAAAUAAAAUAAAACAUUUAUUAAAAGAGAGAUAUUACUUUAGAUUGUAUAUAAUAUAACAUGACUUAAGUCGUUUUCGAAACGAUUCGUAGUAAGUGCCAGGUUAUUGAAAUGUGGUAAUGGUACCAGUAGGUGGCAGUGUGUAGCAGAGGCUGUGAAGUGAUAAAUACUUUAGUUACUCAUGUGGAUGUAAAGUUUUCAGAUCAAUAAAGGUUCUGAAGUGUUUUCACCUGAA